CGCCGUAUUCAAACUUGUUUUCAAUACGGAAGCACGACAAGACCGUUUAGGAGAAGAGUUUCUCAACAACGCUGUGAUGCUGUAAACAUUUUAAAACAUAACUAUUGACAACAACAUUUUUGCAAUGACUGCCAGAGGUGCGAAGGAUGCUAUUGUUAAUAAGUUGGGCUUUAAGUCAAAUGGCUCCAAGAUGGAAUUGGAGCUUGAUAAACUCCGCAGAGAAAAUGCACAUCUGAAGAAGAACUUGGAUGAAAUAUCCAGACGACAUGCACAUGGAAAGCACUCUGAUUCGGACAAAACGAAAUUACUCGAGAGGAUCGUAUCUCUGGAGACCUUGAGGGAGAGGAAUUCCCAACAGCUCCUGUCAAAGGAUCAGGAGAUCGCAACGCUCCGACUACAGCUGCGCUCAGCGCAGGGCGAGGUGGUCGCGUCGUUGCACUCCCAGCUGGAUGAGAAGAAGAAAGAGGCCGAGCAGAGAGAGAAACUCUUCCAGUCGCUGAAUGUAGAGACCGAGAACCUGAAGAACAGGUUGGCCUCAGUGACGGAAAGAUGCCAGGCCCUGGAGAACCGUGACCCCGCUGCACAGGUCCCGACUGGUGAUGUGGCAGUGGUCCAGGAGCAGCUGAGAGAUGCCCUUGAGAAGAACCAGCACUGGCUGGUGUACGAUCAGCAGCGGGAGGCCUACGUCCAGGGGCUGCUGGCCCGCACCAAGGAGCUGGAGCAGCAGGUCAGCCAGCCCAACCAGUCCGUCCAGCACAAGAGCAAAGAGGAGACCUCGGAGGCGAGUGUGACGGCGGCGGCUGCCCAGCAGGAGCAGCUGCUGAAGCAGCUGCAGGAGGCGCAGAGGGAGGUGGGGGCCCUGAGGGAGAAGGCAAUGCGGGCGGAGAGAGAGCUGGCGGAGCUGAGGCAGCGGUCGGGCCGGGUGGAGGGGGAGGCCCAGGUGGAGCGGCAGCGGAGCGGGCAGGCCAGCCGCGAGGCCCAGGAGCAGCGGGAGCGGGCGGCCCGGGCGGAGUGGGAGGCCGAGGGCCUGCGGGAGAAGGCGGUGCGGGCCCAGGAGGAGGCGCGCAGCCUCAGGGGGAGGUACGAGGAGAAGAAGAGGGAGCUGGAGAACACCGACACACUCCUGGAGGAGGAGCGGAAGAGGGCGGCCGAGCUACUCUUGCAGGUGAACCUGCUUCAGAAAUCCAUGUUGAACCAACAUGAUGAGCAGAAGAGGAUGGCUGUGCUUGAACAACAGGUGCAGCUGUCCGCGCGCGACUUUGAGACGGAGAAGCUGGACCGCCACGAGCUACAGCAGCAGCUUCACCGCAUGCUGAAGGAGCUCCGCAAGGCCAGGGAGCAGAUCUCUCGCCUGGAGGCCAAUAAACACCAGUCCCGUUUCUCCGAGCCCUCGUCCUACACCCGGCUGGAGCGCCUCACGAUGGACGACCCCAUCUCCCCCACCAAGGCGCUGGACGAGAGCUUCCUGGAGUGCCCCAAGUGCCACACCACCUACCCCACCAGCCAGCACCGAGAGCUGCUCACCCACAUCGACUACUGCUGUGCCUGAGACCAUCUCAAAAGUGUUUUGUUUUAUUAUUAUUAUUAUUAUUAUUAUUAUUUUCUUUUCUUAUUUAAUUUCUUCUGAAUGUUUACCAUAUAAAAGUAUUUUCUAGAAAUUUUAUGACCAAAUAUCUUGAGUAUUUUUGUAUUUUCUUGAUUUUAAUUGUGGUGGGUAUCAGUAAUCCACUUUUGUUUGCUUUAUUUACUGUGUGUCUCUGACUUGAUGGUAUUGGGUAUGUUCAUUUUGUACUGUAUUUUCAUUUGUAAUUGAAUGUGUUCCCAUAAACCUAUUAUGACUUCUGACAUUAUAACAUACACAAUCAUUGAUAUGAGAUUCAGCCCUUAUUCUGCCUGCUAUGCUUUUAAGUUAUGUGUGACUUUGUAUCACUUCUUUGUCUUUGUUUUCCAUAUUUCAACAUCUAGCAAUAUAUGGGUAGAAUGGUAAUGUUAUUUGCACUCUUGUUUAUGACUUCACCGAGUUUGCUCACUGUGUGCAGAACUUCAAUUAAAAGAAAGACAGUGAAACGGAAA